AUUAUUUAAUCAAACAUUUUUGUAAUAAGUUCUUAAUUUUAAAACGUUUUAAUUGACUGUUAUUAUAUAUGCAGUUUUAUUUGAAUAAAAUACAUUGCCUAUGUAUCGAUAAUGCCCAUGGACUCUGGUGAGGAGUACAUUGACUUCCUGCACAUUAUCGGGGAGUUUGGAUCCUACCAGAAGCUGCUCACUCUCUGUAUGUUACCCGCAGCUUUUUUGUUAGCUUUCUCAUACAUGGGUCAGAUGUUUAUGAUCCUCCUUCCGCGCCAUUAUUGGUGUCGCAUUCGUGAGCUGGAGACUCGGAGCAAAGAGGAACAACUGGCUUUGGCCAUUCCCAAGCUCAAAGACGGAGAGUUCGACAAAUGUCACAUGUACCAGGUAGAAACUAACUGGGCUGACAUAAACGUCUCAGUGGCUGAUGAAUCCUGGCCAAAGGUUCCCUGCAAUGACGGCUGGAUCUAUGAUAAUAAAUCACUCCCUUAUUCAACCAUAUCCACCGAGAACGACUGGGUGUGUCCUCACCAUGCUUUUCCCACCAUCACGUUUGUUGUUUUUUUCAUGGGCUCCAUCAUAGGAUGUCUUGUUUUGGGCUACAUAACUGAUCAUUUGGGCCGGGUUCCAUCCUUCUUCCUUGCAAAUCUGUGUGUUUUGGUAGGAGGCAACUGGACUUCCAUGUGCGACGGCUUUUACUGCUUUAUUUGGGCCAGAUUUGUGGUCGGCUUCGGUAUGAACGACGGGUUUGUUUCCAUCUACAUUUUAACUCUGGAGAAUGUUGGUAAUAAGUACCGCACUUUGGUGGGAAACUUGGCGUUAGCACUUGCCUUUACUUUGGGUGGAGCUCUUCUUCCUUGGAUUGCAUUAUGGUGCGGUAAUUGGAAGUUUUUCAACCAGGUGAUCACGCUGCCUUUUACAAUUCUUAUAUUAUUCUGUUUGUUUAUUCCCGAGUCUCCCACAUGGCUUCUUUCGAUGGGAAAGAUCGAUAAAGGCAUUGAAGUCCUUAAACAAGCGGCGAAAAUGAAUAAGAAAUCCGUUUCCGAUGACGUGUGGUCUAAUAUAAGUCAACGUUAUACAUCUAUUUAUGAUGACCAGAAAUCGCAAAAAACCUAUAGCUGGCUGGAUCUAUUCAAGAAAUCUCGCCGUAUUAGGGUCAUGAUGAUUAUCAUGGUAUAUUGGUUUAUUUCUGCUGUGACCUAUGAAGUUCAUAUUCGAGCGAUUUUCCACUUAGAGGCUGACCAGUUCCUGAUCUUCUCCCUUUCCACGCUGACAGAGUUGCCGGCUGGAAUAGUUCCUCUUGUCCUUCUGGAUCGAAUUGGUCGAAAGCCCAUGACAAUAUCCGUAAUGUUCCUGUGUGCAGUGUGUAGUUUAUUAGCCGUGUUUGCCCCAGGAGUGUUUUACGAAGCCAUUGCUGGUAUUUGUGGAAGGUUCUUCAUAUCUAUUAGCACCAAUGUUGGCGAUCAAUGGGCCGCGGAGAUCCUACCCACGGUAGUACGUGGCGAGGGAAUGGCAGUCGUUCAUGUGAUGGGAUGUGUCGGUUGCCUGGUGUCUCCCCUUGUGAUAUACACAGAAAACUGGUACCGCAAUCUGCCCAUGAUGAUAGUCACAUUAGCAUCCGCAAUCGGAGGGUUUAUUAUAUUAUUCCUUCCUGAAACAAUGGACGUAACUAUGCCGAGCACGCUGGAGGAGGCAGAUCAACGCUGGACCCUUCGUUGUCGGUCAUCGAAAGGAGAUGGUAAAGAAAGAUAA